GAAUGCAAAGGUUUCUUGCUAAACGUUUUUUGACAAUCUUCCUCCCGAUUUCUAGAUAUAGCGUCUGCUUUCCCAUGUUUGGCAGUACAAAAGACAUAUUUGGACCUUUGUGGCAAAUGAGAAGCAAAUUAUGCUGAUAGAAAAUUAUAGGGAUUGACAGGAUACCACCGUUGAACUUCAAGUUAACAAGAGAACUUCCUAUGGGUAUGAUGAUGGGUUCUUUAGAAACUCUGCAGCUUAUUCAUAAUUUAAUUUAUGCAACAAAUGCAAAGAAAGUACUGGAUAUAGGCGUAUUCACUGGAUGCAGCGCGCUGGCUGAAGCUCUGGCCUUGCCUGAUGAUGGGAAAGUAGUAGCUUGUGAUGUUAAUGAAAAUUCUGUGAAUGUUGGAAAGCCAAUCUGGAAAGAAGCUGGAGUUUAUGAUAAAAUUGAUCUAAGAAUUGCUCCAGCUCUCGAAACUCUAGAUGAAUUGAUCGCCAAUGGAGAAGCCGGAACUUUCGAUUUUGCUUUCAUUGAUGCAGAUAAAGGAAACUAUUUGAAUUAUUAUGAAAGAUGCCUCGUUUUGUUGAAACCGAGAGGAAUCAUAGCAGUAGAUAAUGUUUUAGCGACAGGAAAAGUUGUAGAAAAAGAUUGCAAUGACGACAGAACCACGUCUUUAAAAAAUUUUAAUACAGCUUUGAAGGACGAUCCUAGAAUUAAAAUAUCUAUGUUGUAUGCAGGAGAUGGUCUAACUUUAGCCUUUAAAUUGUAGAUUUGCACUACAGCAAAUACCUGAUGGCUUUAAAAUGAAUUUCUGAAUAAAUUGAUUUUGAUUUUUUUAAUGAAA